UCAUUCAUCCCUACUGAACUGUUGUCAUGUUGCUCCCACCGACCUACAUCAACGAGAAAGGUGUACGAGGUCUUUAUAGUUUCAGCGGCAUCAUCUCUGCCUGUUGAUAUACACAUUCGCCCCCAUCAAAAUGUAGCAGCGUCUAGCGUCGAGCAGCCCUAGGGACGCCUCCGUCGACAAAAGCAGCAGGUGCCCUUUCAGUAGCGUUUUGGACGCGUCUCAGCCAGCGUCGAAUUUCGCCAGCUAAUAGUGCGACAAGUUGCGAUAGUUGCGCGUCGAGUUAUAUUUACGCGAGAAAAACUCGAAAAUGAACUCGAAAAUGGUUUGAGGAUUUUUCGGCUUUUAGAGAACUUUCUGUAGUUUGUAUUAUCAUAGACUUUGUAGUUUUGAAGAAAUAAGAUAAAGAUUUAACAAGGAUGAGGAGAAUUGACCUAUCGUGAUGGACUACAUAGAGAUCGUCGAGAACAAAACCAGCUUAGAAAUAAUGGACCCAGAUUAUAUGAACUACCGGAUGGAAACAGAUGUCAUUGUUCCCAAUGAAACCAACUACACUAUACUCCAAGAGGAGGAAAAUGCAGUAUCUAUGAUGUCCAUUCUUAUAGUGGGAGUUUUCCUGACUGUGCUGAUCUUCACAUCUGUAGCUGGAAAUAUCCUGGUAUGCGUAGCCAUUUACACAGAUCGAGGUUUGAGAAGAAUAGGAAAUUUGUUCCUGGCAUCAUUGGCAAUAGCAGACCUGUUCGUAGCAUGCCUAGUGAUGACGUUCGCUGGUGUGAACGAUAUUUUGGGCUAUUGGAUUUUCGGUGUUGAAUUUUGCGAUACAUGGAUCGCAUUCGACGUGAUGUGUUCAACUGCUAGUAUAUUAAAUUUGUGUGCCAUAUCGUUAGAUAGAUAUAUACAUAUCAAGGAUCCUUUGAGAUAUGGAAGAUGGGUGACUCGGCGAGUAGCUCUGGGGACAAUUGCAGCGAUAUGGCUUCUUGCAGCUCUGAUUUCCUUCGUUCCAAUCUCGCUGGGGCUGCACAGGCCCCCACAACCUCUAAUUUACAAUGCUGGAGGACAGAAUUACCCCACCUGCGCCCUGGAUCUAACCCCUACGUAUGCUGUGGUCUCCAGUUGCAUUUCGUUUUAUGUUCCUUGCAUUGUUAUGAUAGGUAUAUACUGCCGACUGUACUGCUACGCCCAGAAGCACGUAAAAAACAUAAGGGCCAUCACCAGACCUAUCGACUUGCCGGAAAGCCUGACCUGCAAAGGAAAGAGGAAAAGUGUGAAACAAAACAAGGCUUUGCACAUCCACCUCCAAAACCAACACAGCUCCCCUUACCACGUCAGCGACCAUAAGGCUGCCAUCACCGUAGGGAUCAUCAUGGGUGUGUUCCUCAUCUGCUGGGUGCCCUUCUUCUGCAUGAACAUCGUAGCAGCGUUCUGUAAGACUUGCAUUCCUGACAUAACCUUCAAGAUUCUCACGUGGUUGGGUUACUCGAACUCAGCCUUCAAUCCUAUCAUUUAUUCCAUUUUCAACACUGAAUUUAGGGAGGCCUUCAAGAAGAUCCUGACGGCCCACUAUCCAGCCUGGUGCAGAUGCGGGUACCAGUCGGUGUCCUUGAACCAAAACGACAAGUACGUGACAGAAUAUGGGGCUAAGACUGUGAUUGUCAACACAAAGAGGAAUGGUUCUUUUGGAGAGUUCUCAAGCGAACAUUUCAGUACUGAGUCUGUAAGACAGACUAGGGUCAACUCGACUGAGAAGGAUUUUUUUGGUAUGGAUGUUAGCGCCAUUUGACAUCAGCACGACUUGCAAGAUACGAUGGUGUAGAUGUCGUUGUCUUCGUUGGCAAGCUAUGAAAUCGGAUCCAGAUGGAGGGUUUGGAUGGAAAAUGAUAGUUCCAUCCAUGUAAACCUGAACAUUGCUGAAGGAAAAUUCAUAGACCCCAAUUAUUAUGUCCAUUUUCACUCAAAUCAGGUCUGUUGUUUUUGAGUUCUUUCUCUUUACUAUUCCUGUGAAACUUUGAAUUAUGGACACGGUGGAUAUAAUUUGGGAAGUCCUUAUUAUGGUGACAGAGAUGAAGAAGCUCCAAAUUGCGCAGUAUUCAGAAUAAUUAAUUUAUUGGAAGGAAAUUUAUUUAUUGAUUAUUAGUUUAACAGAUUUUCUUAGUUCUCUAUUACAGAGAUACCCCUUCAUUUUUAUGAGCAACUUUUCUCAUACUUGGGAAUUCAACAAAUUUUUAGCGUUUUUAGUAAUAUAAGGUCACAACUCACGCAGAUGAAGUUUGCAGCACGACCCGCAGGCGAGUGCUGU